AUGGCUCUCAGUUCGCCUGACUCCUCUCCCCCUCCCCAAUUCAUCAGACAUCGCUGGUCGCCUGUCGGCGCCAAAGAUUUGAGGCCUCCGCGUGAAGUCAAGGAGCUGACUGCCGCGCGAUGCGCAGGAUCAUGGGAGGUCCCGCAGAUCCCAAAGAUCGGGGCCGACGAGAUGGACGCGGUGGAGAGUUCCGAUCAAGAGGGCCUGAAGGCGGAAAGGCCGGUCUGGGUCGCCCUCUACAUCUUCUCCACGCCCACUGCUGCUUCUCGAGCUCGGCGGAACCUCAUCCGGAAGUACGACCCGCUCGAUACGCUCCCUACCCAUCUUCGUAGUCUGGUGCGGAUCCGCUUCGUCGUCGGGUACGCAAAUCCCGACAAGGCGACUCUGAGUCCGGAGGACCAGCUAGACGUUAGGGCGAUGGAGGAUGAGGCAAAGACGUAUGACGAUAUGGUCAGGCUGGAGGGGCUGGUGAAUGGGGAGAACAUGAACCGGGGGAAAAGCUGGGAGUGGGCUGUUUGGGCAGGUCAAGAGGGACGAGAGGCGCAAUGGGUCUUAAGCAAAUGCGAUGACGAUGUAUGGGUUCCCUUGUUUGCAGGUGCUAAGUUGAUCACCGAUACCAGAUCUACAUCCUGCUCCCGAAUCUCCUCGGCGUGCUGCUACAGCUCGACCCCGCCAUACCUACCUAUAUCGGAUCGGGCACUGACCACUGGCCAGGCUAUCUAUGUUCCCAGGCGGAUGUACACGGGCGAAUGGGAUGAGGACGCAUUCAUGGGUGAGAUGAUGUAUCUCUUACCUACUAAACCCCAAGCUGGUGAACAGCCUACACAGACUGGGCGAUACAAUUCCAGCACAUCAUACCAAAGUCAUUUUCCCCACACGCCUCCGCGGGGCGGCUGGAACUCACCCCCUCCUCGAAUCGACCCACGGACCGGUCUCCUCCGUAUCGACCUAGAAUACCGCCUAGGCGCGCAGUGGGACUGGUGGAUUGCCGGCCCGGAGACGGCGGUGGGGUGGCAUCCUGUCAAGGAGGAACAGCAAUAUGUCGACGCGUAUAAUCGGGCUUGGGCAUACUUUGUGGGGAGAUACGGCAAGUACGAGUGGGCUCCUCCAGCUGGUUGGCAAGAUAGAUUGCUCUGGGAAGGAGAUGCGGACCAAGUCAAGCAACGUCACGAGUAG